AUGGCGCAGAGCGGCAGGGACGAGGGAUGGCUUCGCGCCUGGUGCACGAAGCUCGACAUCCCCGCAGAUGACUUCAAACCUCUUCUACCACUGACAUCCACUUACAUGAUAUCAACGCAGAAAGAAGACGAAGCCGAGGCGAACCUCCUCCUCGCACGAGCCUCGGAAGAACGAAGAAACGGCGAAGCGAAGACCACCGCGGCAACGUCGAAGAUUAAGAAGGACAAAUGGACGUACGAGGACUACUGCGGAGUUCUGUCGCAGAUAGUGAACACAUCUGGGGCAGUGGGAGUAGCAGAGAGCGUUUGGGAGAGCCUUCAGCUGCAGAAGCCGAAAAAGGCGCGGGCUGGUCGAUUUGCGCGACGGCAACAAGCGGGUGACGAAGAGACGGAUGAUUUGCUUUUCCUUUUGCUCUGCAGCACGAUGCGAUAUAAACAGACGGACAUGUUUCACUUCCUUGCCCAUUCCGCGAGCCAGGAAGUCGUCAACCGAAUGAUCCCCACUGCUAUCCAGAUGCACAGCCAACAAUACACCAAGAUCCUCCUGGAAGAGAACGCCGAUCCGAAUACCUGCCCUGAAGAGUUCAUAACGUUGGUGAGAGCCGGGGAUGAAGAAUUUGUUCGCCUUCUACUCCAGGCGCAGACCGCAAUUGAUCUGGCGACUCUUACCUCCGCCCUUCCCGAUGCGGUCCAGCGAGGAAGCGCCCCGAUCGUCCAACUCCUUCUUGCCCACGGGGCUGACGCCAAUGCCCACAAUGCCAGUGCGAUGGAAAAGGCUAUCCGCGCGAAGCGUACCGACCUUGCGUUGUUGAUGUUCAUGUCCCCGAACCCUCCAUUGCCCGAGACACUCGCCCCGAUCGUCGCUUAUGUCUUCUUCAAGAUGGAAAUGCUCGAGGACAAGAAAUACAAUCUCAUCGAGCUGCUGUUGAAUGGAGGUGCAGCUGGUGAAUGCGUUUCCCUUGCGCUGGGUGGUGCUGUUCGACAGCGAUGGACGGACAUGGUGGAGUUGUUUGUCGACAAAGGUGUCUCCGUCAAUUACUACAACGCUGAGGGAUAUCGACAUGCCAUUCACGAGGUGGACCUAGAAACACUGAAAAUCUUGAACAGGGGCAACCUAGACGAUGAUCUGGCGACGGACCUGUUCAGCGAAAUCUACAAGACAAAACACGGGAGUUCAAUCCCCAACGAGAAGUGGACCGCACUAGCAGAGCUCCUGCUUGACAAGGGUGCCGCUGGAAAGGUCGUCGACGAGGCGUUAGUCGAAAGGGUGAGAGUCAAAGACCUUGCGAGCGUCAAAUUGUUGCUACGGGAAGGCGCCUCAGUUGAUUACGACAACGCCGCCGCCCUCGAUGAUGCCGUCGCUUCCCAGAAUGCAGAGUUCAUCGACGCAAUACUCCAGUAUCAACCGGCAGCCCAGUCAGUUAACUCCGUGUUCCGUCAUGUACAAACAUUCCCUCGCGAUAUUCGGAUUCUUAUAACCCGCAAACUCCUUGACGCCGGCGCAAACGGCGAGGAAGUGGAUAGGAUAUUGAAGCUGGCCAUGUCGCGACCGACCGGCGAUCGUGACCGAGAUUUCAUCAAGGUCCUGGUUGAUGGUGGUGCUGAUGUUAGCCAGCGGAACGGGGAUCUUCUCCGCGUCGCUGUUGAAUCUUCUGACUGCGAGACGCUGGAAAUUUUACUUCUCGGUUUUCCUUCGCCCACCGUUCUAGCUACCUGCGUGUCUCUUGCUAUGAAACUGGAUGAAAGUCAACGGUACAAGAUUAUUCACAUCCUCCUCCACGCCGGUGCUCGUGGCGAUGAGGUUUCCCAAGCACUAGUGGAUAGUGUCGACGAUGCUGCCUCCGGCUGUGAGCUAGCCUCGCUAUUGCUUACCGCCGGCGAGGCAAACACAGGCUACAAAAAUGGCGAAGCCUUCAAGAAAGCGAUCGAGUCAAGCAGCGUCGACAUCCUCGAGCUCCUUGCGCAAUAUAACCACUUGAUGGAUUCCGAUUUCUGCUCCUGCCUUUUGGUAGCGAUAGAUCUCCUCCAACGCGACAGGACUCGCCUAGAGAAGAUCCGCAUCCUACUCAUGAGCGGCCCAGACUUGUCAGGGAGUACUGGGACGGCAGCGCUCCGUCAUGAAAUGGAAGGCCUCAAGCGGCGAUCCGAAACGACUCUCGGCGUACUGGAAAUGCUACUUGGGGCUGGAGCGGACGUCAAUCACAAUCAGGGCCAGAUCUUUGUCGAUGCCAUAGAGCUUGACAUGUUCGAUUGCUUUAAGCUGUUUAUGAACGCCAGCCCAUCCUUCCAGUCGCUAGAGCUGGCUUUUGACAAGGCACUACUGUACGCUUUUCCGACCGAAGACCGACCCGUCGAUAAGAGAUACCUAGAACAACUUCUAGCGACAGGGCUGCCUCAAGAGACUCUUGAUAAAGCGCUCUUGCACACCGUCGACAAGCAGAAUGAGGACCUAGUACUUCUUCUCCUCAAACAUGGCGCAUCCGUUAAUUACGAAGACGGAGUUGCGGUGCGCAAAGCGAUUCAAAAGCUGGACAUUAGUUUGUUUGCCCACCUAUUGCGCCACGAGCCGACCGAGGCCACACUCAACAGCGGGUUUGGGUUGAGCAUGGCAAUCCAUGACAUUGGGGCGAAGUAUCAGGCGUACGAACUGCUUCUCACGGCCGGAUCAAUCUCACAGCGGCUUCUCGACGAGGCUCUUGUGUCGGCUGCGGAUGCUGGGUGGAUGCAGGCGUCCACUUGUGAACUGCUGCUCAAACACAAGGCUUCUCCGAACUAUGCGACCGGUACGCCAAUCUGUCGAGCCGUCAAGUCUUCCAGUUAUCGAAUUGAUUUGACAAGGAUGUUCCUGCUGUACAACGUCUCCAAGGAAGCUGUUGCCGCGGCGCUAGUUUGUGCUUUCGACGCACUCCAGGCCGAGACACGCGUUGCGACCAUGGAGCUCUUGCUUACAGCUCAUAAACCGCAACAAACGCUCGACCAACUUCUUCUCAAGGCAGUACAUGCGCCAUAUUGCGACGGUAAGCUAAUGCAGUGUCUGCUGAAAGCCGGCGCAUCGGUCUUCUACCGAGGAGGGGAAUGCAUCCUUCACGCCGUCAUGAUCAAUGACGUAGAGACACUCCGCGUUCUUGAACCCUACUUCCACGGCCAUUCUGGCAUGUCGGAGAUAUUCAUGACGGUAUGGGGCAAUGGAAAACGUGCCAACUCGCAACAGGAGAAGGAUGUUCUCUCGAUUUUACUGGCCGCCGGUGCUUCGGGAGAGCCCGUCAGUAUGGCGCUACUGGAAAGCGUCAAGACUGUUUCAACCACGCCUGCCGGGUUUGCGUUUAUCACUAAUCUACUCAAGGCCGGUGCGGAUGUAAAUUACAGCGAAGGAGCCAGUCUCAUGGAAGCCUCGACACAAGGAAAUGCGCGCUUGCUGAAGGAGUUGCUGCCGUAUGGCCCUCGACGAACUCAUAUGACGCGCGCUUUUCCAUUGGUCUUAAAAUCUGGAGUUGAUGGCCAAGGCCUUCGCGAGAUCGCUGUUGCUUUUUGUUCACACGCAGCUUCUCCUGAUCUGACUUAUGAGCAUCCCACCUGCGGGCCUAUCCUCUGGCAGAUGCUUCAGACGUACCCCAACGAGCGCGAACUGCUUCAGUACUUGGUCGACAAGGGUUGCACAGUUGAUCCGAUUGUCAAAGCAACGCUUCCGCUGUUACAAUGCGAAGAAGAUGUGUCAUUGCUCUGCUGGGCGCUUGCCAAGGAGAAGGGUGCCCUUAAGGAGGACGUUAUCGAUAUCCUCGUCGCUGGUGGAGCAAACGUAAACUAUCAAACAACCCUAUCCCAGAGCACACCUCUUCAGCUAGCCAUCCUCACCUCCCGCAGCGCCACUAUUGCGACACUACUACGUUUCAGCGCUGAUCCGUCCCUUGAAUCAAACGGCAUAUCCCCACUAUCUCUCGCGGCUUCCAUCGGAGACGCCAAAAUCGCUCGGCAGCUCGUAGGCGCCGGCGCUGCUCCUGGCGAUGGCGCCCUCCACGAAGCGGCCAGGAUGGUCAAUGUUAGCGUCUUGCAGGUCUUACUGAUCGAAGGCAAACAGCGUGACUACGCUUGCUCCCGGUUUCAAGGACGUACAGCUUUGGCAGAACUCUGUCUGCGCGGCGGGAAUAAACCUGUCAGCCAACUCAAAGCCGCCAUUGCACUGCUGAAGAACAAUGGCAAUGUCAAACGCAAGUCGCGAGGGAAGUCUGUCCUCCACUUUGCCCUAGACAAUCCCAACGCCAUCCUGGUAACACAAGCCGUUCUCGAUGUGUUCAUGAGCGAGCACAUAAACGCCGACUUCAACCUCUUCGAAGAAGGCCGCUUCCGCUACUCCCCACUUGCCUACGUCUCCCGAGGCCUCAACAAAGCACCCCCGGAACAACGCGCCGGACUCGUCGAUCUCCUCCUGGAAUUCGAAUGCCGCGACCGCUACUGGGCCGUCGAAGGCGACCAACCACCCGACAUGAUCGGUGCCCCAGACGAAAUCAUGCGCGCGAUCAAAUCCCAGCGUCAGCGCCAAGCGACCAUCCAAGAAGAGCACGAAGACCACCACCGCCGCCUCCUCCAUCUCCGCGCCCAACAAGACCAAGAGCUCGCGGCCCUCCGAGCCCGCCAUGACCUGACAAUCGAGAACUCCCGCGCGAUCGCAAGCGAAACCGCCAGAAUCGAGCACGAGACUGCAUCCCGCCAAGCAACCCUCGCCUCGCACCGCUACGACGCCGAACUCGCGUACAUGCGCCAAGUCACGGACCUCGCGAACCGGCGCAAAGACGACUCGAAUUACCGCGAUAUCGAGCACAGACGCCAACUUGCUAUCAUGGAGAAGUCCCAGCGCGACGAGACGUAUAAUGAUGAAAGACGGCGCCGAGAGGAAGCCUACAGCGUUGAGAAACAGCGGCGUCAGGAAGAGGUUGCUGCGAUCCAGCACCGCGAACGCCUGCUGACUAGUGGGUAUGAGGACCGCGCGAAGAUUGACCGGGACCGGUAUGCGGAGCAAAUGCGGCUGUUUGAGCAGCAGAAGCAGAUUAUGGAGAUGAAUUCGAGGGCUAGGGGUGGCAUGCAGCAGCAGCAGCAGCAGCGGAUUGGGUAUGAGCCGGACUCGUUGGAUUAG